AUGAGGGCGCUGCUCCCGCGCUGGGCGGCCCUGGCUGUGCGAGCGGCGGGGUGGGCACCGCCCGUCCCGCGCCGCUGUCGUAGCGGCCCCGGUCCGCCCCCGCCGCGGGAGUGGGCGCUGUCGGUGAGCCCGCGGGGGCGGCUGCGGGUGCGGCUGCCGUGCCAGGUGAGCAUCCGCCCGCUGGACCCGCAGCGCUGCCCGGACGCGGACCGGCUGCUGGUGGCCGUGAGCGGCGGCAGCCGCGGGCGGGAGCGGGACCCGGUGCGGGUGGAGCACGACGAGGCGCUGGGGCAGGUGGCGAUCGUGGCGGACGGCGUGGACAGCAAGGCCGCCGUGGACGUCCGGACUCCGGCCAAGUUCGAUUUGGAUAUCAAAACUUCAGGGACUGGCUGCGUGAAGAUUCAGAAAAUAGAAUGUGAUAACUGCAAAAUAGAAACAGAGAAGGGGACUAGUGUCUUGCAGUCAAUAAAGAGCCAUAAAAUUGAUAUACGGACAAAUGGUGGCAAAGUAAUUGGUCUUGGAACACUUUAUGGAAAUACAGAUAUUUGUGCAACAGAAAAGGGGAGUGUAAAUAUAGAGAAGCUGCAGGGGACAACCAUCAAUAUAUCUACUGAAGAUGGGCUGCUGAAAACCAAGUAUCUCUAUGCAGAAUCAGCAUCUCUCUCCUCAGAAUCUGGUGAUAUUAUGCUGGGAAGUGUUCAUGGUAAUACCAACCUACAGACCAAAACAGGGAGUAUCUCAGUAGAUUCAUCAGAUGGAAGUCUAAAAGCUUCUACGUAUCAUGGGACAAUAGAUGUUUAUGUCAGUCAAUUAAGAAAAGUGGAUCUGAAAUCCAAGAAAGGUUCAAUUACAGUCAAGGUACCUGCAUCUCUCAAAGCCUAUUUAGAGCUCUCUGGAAGAAAAGUGGAUGUGAGCUCAGAGAUCCAGUUAAAAGAAACACAGAGUGCCUCCAAAGAUGAUCAUGUAACUCUAAGUGGUCACAUGAAUCAAAGGGAUGAAAAAGACAAAUGGAUUAAGGCUGACACACAAAAUGGCAAAGUGUACCUUAAAAGCCAAAGCUGGAUCCAGUCUGUCAAGCUGAGGAGUUCUUAAAGGUGGAAUAGGCCAAAGAGAUUAAAUCAAGAAACUACAAAGGAACACUUCUGUAAAAUUAUGAAACAUUUUGGAUGAAUAUUAUUAAUAUAAAAGAGAAACUAUUAAAAAUGAGAGCAUUUUAACGCAAGAUUUGCUUGUGACAGUGCUGGUGCUAAACAGUCUGGUUUACUAUUAGUGCCUUUUAGGAACAAGAUGAUCUUACAUAUUCAGAAUUUAUAUAACUUGACCCACUUAGCUUUCAAACAAAAGUUUGGAGUUGUCAUUUAAAAAUAAAAGAAUACCAAAACAUUUUCAACACUUCCAAGAUGGCAUGCUUUGCAAGCUCUGUUAUAGUUUUAAAUUAAAUAUCUCAAUAUUGUGAGAAUGCUGCAGUUUAUGCAAAAUGCAGAGAAUUUUCUUCAACUAAGUUGUAUCAUGGAUAGGAACAGAUCGCUUUCAGAGUAGUUGUUAUGUGGUCUCCUCAUUUGGUGUUUGAACCCUGAGCAGUUUCUGCCUGGGUGAUGGGUACUCCCUGUGUAAAAAUACUUCUGUGAAAUGGCAGAAUUUGCGCCGUGUCAUCCUGAACUUCUGGUUUGUGAUAGAAAUAAGAACUCCAGCUAUGUUUACCACUGCUCAUCUGCAAAGAAAAGCUUUUAAAAUAAAUAGAAGUGCCAUGGAUCUGGCUGAUUUCAAGGCGGAGCACUCCUCCAACUGCACUUCAGGGGAGAGUCCACAUGAACAUUCUCCUGGAGGAAAAGCUGCCAUAGAUAGGAAGUGUUGCCCCUGUAACUGAGAACUGGAAUCUCUUUGCUCUGACUUAGGGCCCUGUCCUGCAAAGCUGCCAGGCAGCUCUUGGAGGCAGGAAGGCAGAGGAGGGAGGUGAGGGGAACAGGUCUGCCCUGCACAAGGGCAGGCCAAAUUUUUGUGGAGGAUCCUGUGUUACUGAAAUGCAAGCACACAGUAAAGUAAAUGGAGCUUUUAAAAGCCUUUCCAUACUUCUCUAUGGCACCUUAUAAAAACAGUAGUGAAAUUCGUGUUGUAAGAUGAAGUGUAAGAGUCCCUGCCAGCUGAGGGGAUGGUGAGGAGCAGGAGAGAAUUCAGACUGUCAGCUCAGGCUUUAAGUUUUGUAUAUAUGUGUAUGUACUUUAGGUCAUAAUGGUAAAUUAUGAAAUUAACUUCUCCUUUGCCACAGGAUUCUGCAGGAGGUAUAAUUGCCCCUAGCUAAUGGAAUUCAGCAUAUCUACUGUAAUUCAGGGUGGUUAAAAACUCCACUUCCUGUUUACUGUUGUGUGUACUGUUUGUUGGGUUGAGAUAGGCAGUGAUACAGAUGACAAAUUAUAUGUAUUUUUAAUAUAAACACUAAUAUAUAAAAUAUUUCUAAUAGUAUUACUAAAGGCAUUGCAAUAUUAUUUGACACAAGUUAUUAUUAUACUUUUUUAAGUUACAAAAUUAAUAAAUUAUUAUGGCUUUGGAUAUCUAGAAAAAUAUUUGAAACUAGUGAUUUCCAUCCCCUCCUGCAGCCAAAGUGAAAAAUGCACCUCAAAAUUCACACCACAUGAAAACAUAAAAACAGUUUAGUAGGUACUUCACAAGAUCAAAUCCCUUAAAUGGUCCCAUUAUUCACCUGAAAUACAAAGCCUAUCAGCCUCUGAGGUUAAGGCUGUGUUAAGGGAGAACAUAGUAAGAAAACAGGUUAUUUGUUCUACAUUCAAAAGAAAGCAAACUUGGGCUUUGAAUUAAUUUUCUAAAUCUAGCAAUUAUUAAACAUCAGGAUUGUUAGUUACUCACUUAAACAAGUUUAAAUCAACCAGCAGAAAAAUUGUGCUACCACUAAAGCUACUGCCUCUUUCCAAGUCAAUACAUGUUGAGACCAGCUAGAAUGUUAAUAUAAAGGUCAAGAAUGAGUUGAAGAAGGACAAAUCCUUGGGAGUUUCCCCAAAGGCAUUGAACAGUGUCUUGUUCUGCUACAAUGAGGGGAAACUGUAUUUUUCUCUAGACGAGGAAAGAUUAGUAGGUUAUCAGCAAUUAGAAUUUGAAUGGCGAAUCCCCUUGUAUGCUCAUAUAUCUUUUUUGUCCAUUUGAUGAGAAGUCAUUCUUGUAACUGGAACAAAUUUAUAAUUUAACAGUUUUUUCAUCUGUGCUCCCUGUAAUUUGGUUCUCCUGCUCUUGCAUCUGCCAGCCAGCCCACAGUUCAGAUCUGCAGACAUGAACAUCAGCUUGUUUAGAGAGCUGGACUGAGCCCAAGAGGCUUUUGUGAGAAUGAGGGCUCUGGGUGCACAAGUGACUGUUGAGAAGUGGAGAACUGUGCAUAAAUGUAUGGGUGUAGUUGUGUAUUAAAGAAUCUGUAGUCAUUACCUACUCACUGCUCUUAAUUCGUCAAGAAGGCUGUACUUGAUGAGUACCAACCACAUCAAGUGUGAAGUUCUCUGGGGAGUCAGAGUGUUUAUGUCCUGGAGAAGACCUUCAUGGCAAACAAGAACCUCAAACACAUGCAAAUUUAUUCAUUGCUUACUCUGCACAGGACUACAAAACUUUCAUUAUUGAAGGAUGAAGACAGCUUGAAUCAACAUCUGAGAAAUAGCAGUGCUGUCUGAGUGCAGCUGUCUUGCUUGAAGGCAUUCAUACUCCUGUGAGAAAGAUUUGUUAUGCUUCCUUACUAAUGCAACAAAUGGCCUUUUAUUAAAGAGUGAUUAGUUUUAAUAACAAAUAA